AUGUCGCCGGGUAAUAAUCUGUCGACUCUCUGCGAGGAACAAUCCUCCGAUGUAACUGUUAUCAAUGCGUUUGACCGCGGAGCAUUCGAAGAAGGGAGCUCUCGUGCUCCCCGCUUCGACAUUGAGCAGCAGCAAGCGCGAGACAUGGGCAACCUCGACCUGUCCCUCACGAAACUCAAGAAAGCUCCUUUUCGUGUCGAACUCGAGCUCCACGAUACGUUCGGACCACGUGGUGUGGUCGACUGUUACAUCUCGAGAUUUCUCCUCGAGAUUUCGCUGACGAUGGCUCUCGAGAUGGGUGCACUGUCGACAUGUGCUUUUCAGAUCUGGAUAGCCCCCUUUGGCUUUGCUUCCGCGAGAAAGCCUGCAGGCGCAAGAGUUGUGGCCGAUGAUCAUGCGUUGCCUUGA